GGUUCUUUCUAACUGAGAGCUACCGACUCACCGCCGCUGCCUCAACCGGGAUCAUGUCGCUUUUACUGGACAACCAAUUCAGUGAGCUGCCCCCUGACAGGUCCGUGGACACCAAGUUGUUCCUGGAGGCCGUUUCUCACCUCCCGUCUUUCUUCGACUGUUUGGGAUCAAAAGUGUUUUCAAUCAUCAAAUCUGACAUUAAUGGAAAUAUAACGAAAAUUAGAGCAGUCUACCUCAAGGAUCCUGCGAAGUACAAGACCCUGCAGGACAUCUUGGAGGUCGAGCGUGAGGCCCAUGGAGCAGAAUGGCCCAAAGUUGGAGCAACAUUAGCUCUGAUGUGGCUGAAAAGGGGUCUCCGUUUCAUCCAGAUCCUGCUGCAGAGUUUGGUGGAUGGAGAAAGAGAUGAGAACAACCCCAACCUGAUACAGAUCAAUGUCACGAAAGCCUACGAGCAGGCACUGAAGAGAUACCACGGCUGGCUGGUGCAAAAGAUUUUCAGUACGGCAUUAUAUGCAUCUCCCUACAGAUCCAACUUCCUCAAGGCGCUGUCAAAGGGAGAGGAAGUGAAAGAAGGGGAGUGUCUGGCAAACACGCAUCACUUCCUGGUUAAUUACACCGCCACUGUAGACGCCAUCUACGAGAUGUACACAAAUCUAAACGCAGAGCUGGACUACACUGUUUGACGUGACUGGACCGAAGGUGCUGGAGGCGUGUCCUGAAACACUGUCCCAUCUGUCAGCCCUCUCUCAGCUGUCGGACGAGGGCACUUUAUCAGGGUUGUUUUCAUUUUUUCUUUCAGUUUGGUAUUUAUUACGUUAAUAAAACAAAUUAAUUCUGCAAAAUCUUUGGAUUCAAAACGCUAAAGGUUUUGCGUUUUGUCCUUUGUUUUCGCAGCAGUGCAGCUCUCGCGCUUUAUGCAGGAUUGUGUUGUCGUGUGGGUUGUUGCUUUAUGUGAGUGUGGCAUUAACUGUUGGCCUUCACCUGUUCCAUUGAGAGAAGACUAUUAGACUGUAAACACUGUUAUCACUGCAAAACAUUUCUGUCAGUUUGUGGUAUUCACUGUGCCCUAUGCCCGGGGGGGGGGGUCACCUCCGCUAUUAACCUGGGAGCAGUUGUACAGUUUGUUCUGUUCUUUUUCACUCAGUGCCCUCAUGGUGUCACUGAACAAAAACAGUGCUUUCAGAAUAAGCCCAGAAUUAAUUUAUUUGCCAGUAAUUCAGUUUCAAAGAGAGAAUUCGUUUUUUCUUUUGAACUUCUGUAUCUUUCAAGUUUGUGGUGGUGUUCACUGUGUGUGUUGUUUCCUAUUUAUGUAUAAAUUAAACUUAAUUCCUUUUACGUCAA